ACUGUCUCCUGUGUGCGCACUGAGACGGCUGUCAUAUCCCCAAAGGAGCUACACAUCACCACUGAAUAAGAAACUCUUCAAAAUGAUGUUACAUGUCGCCGUCCCAAGGCAGAACACCUUUUCAACUUAACGGUUGCUUUUAAUCACUUGGAUUUUUUCUUUGGGUGUCGUGAAGAAGCAUCUGAUGAAGUGAAAGCAUUUGCCUCGGGUAUUCUCCAGAUGAUGCAAGUCAUGUUUAAAAGGCCCAUGUCACACUGGAUCAAAUAGAAAGAGACGAGACAAAAAAAAAAAAAAAAAAAAAAAAGCAUGGGGACACCACCGUUUCAUGUGAUUGCCGUCUUUAUUACUGUGGCGAGCGUCAUCAUCCACAUGAACCACUGUCAGAGCAUUUGUAACAGACAAGCUUCAGUUGUAUGGCAUCCUAAACAACACACAGUCCAAAUGAACUGGACCCUCAUAGGAAAUAUCUGUAGGAGCGCCUCCGAAUGUUGGGAGCGUCACAGGGGAGAGGAUGGGAUUGAGCAACCUUUCAACUUCCCACAGAUGUGCCCACUUCAGCUGCAAAAUGGAGACAAGCUGCUGAUGUCUGCUGAUGAAACACUCAAGUUAUAUGGCAUCAGACUCCUCAAUGUUUCAAAAGACAACUUUGAAAGCUGUUCCACAACUGGGCAGAUAAAAGAUCAGUUUCUUUUCGCGGACAAUAUAAAUGAAAGCCAACAAGUCGAGGCCAAGUGGCUAGUCCCGGGUCAUCAUUAUUACUUUAUAGCCGUACAUGAGGGAGACACGCAGUUGUGUAAGCUGGGUUUAAGGCUCAACGUGACUGUGAAAACUCAACUUUGCCAGGCUUCUCCUCUUCUUCGACUUUGUUCCGGGAAUGGUAUUUGUCAAACAGGACUCUGGGAACGUGCAUAUCACUGCCAGUGCCAUCACCACUUCUCAGGGACAUUUUGUGAAAAGUUUGAUGCGUGUUUGGAUAACCCUUGUGAAAACAAAGGAAUCUGUUUGAGCAAUGGAUCCACAGAUCCAAACCACAGAACAUAUAAAUGUCUGUGUCCUCCGCAUUACACAGGGGUUAACUGCUCUGAAAUCAUUGGGAAAGAAAACUGCGACAGAAUUUGUGAAAAUGGGACAUGCAUUAAAAUGUCGGCAACUUCCUUCAAAUGCAUCUGUGACAUCAGAGUCUCUGGCCCACCCUGCGAGCCAAGGAGAACCCCUUGUGAUCCGGAUCCUUGCGACAACGGAGGCACAUGUGAAGAAAGACCUGAUGGAUUUGUUUGUCAUUGUCCAGAGAGAUUCGGGGGCAUCUACUGCAACUCCCGUGCUGACAGUGAUUGCAUGUCAUACGCGUGUCAUGAGGAACAAAUUUGCACCGCAGGGGAGCGUACCUCUGAAGACGGUAAUGUGUUUCCUGCAUGCAGCAGACGACAAAACCUGUGCAGCCCAUCACCGUGUCUGAACAAUGCCACCUGUGUGUCCAGGGGAAAUGAUUAUAUCUGCAGAUGUCUAAGAGGGUUUUCCGGGAAGAACUGUGAAGAAAUAAUUGACUACUGCAGGCUGCUCAAUAUCAACUGCCUAAAUGAGGGAUUGUGCUUGAGUGUAAUUGGUGCAUAUCAGUGUGUCUGUGCCCCAGGAUGGACUGGAGAGUUUUGUCAAUAUGUGGCCGAUGCCUGCCUGACAAACCUAAACAGCUGCUUGAACGGAGCCACAUGCAUUACAACGAGUCAGCCAUCAUCGCCCCCACAAUAUGUCUGCAAAUGCCCCCUCGGCUUCACAGGAACAAACUGUGAGACUGAGAUCAACGAGUGCGACUCCAGCCCCUGUCGGAACAAUGGCACAUGCACUGACUUGGAGGGACACUACAAAUGCCAAUGUCCUACAGGUUUUACGGGAACGACAUGUGAAGUGGACAUAGAUGCGUGCGCUCUACCCAACAAUACAUGUCCACCAAAGACUGAGUGUUUGGAUCUCCCAGAUGGCCUUCAGUAUACAUGUCGUAUACCAUGCCCUCCCGACCUUCAACCAUGUGCCAACGGUGGACGCUGUGUACUGAAUAGUGCCAGUACCUACACCUGUAUCUGUGGAGCUGGUUGGUCUGGUCAGAACUGCCGUCUAAAUGUCAAUGAUUGUGUUCAACAUUGGUGUCAAAAUGGAGCCACUUGUGUGGAUGAGAUUGAUGGAUACAGCUGCCUUUGUCCCAGAGGAUACACUGGUGUCUACUGUGAGGAAGACAUUGAUUACUGUGUUGGCCAUCGCUGCUCUGAACAUGGUGUUUGCUUGGACCAGGAGUAUAACUUUACCUGUCGCUGCGUACCUGGAUAUGAAGGGUCGCUCUGUGAAGUGGAAACAAAUGAAUGCAACAGCCUCCCCUGUGCACGUGGCGCCACCUGUGUGGACCUAAUCAGUGAUUAUCGGUGUCACUGUCCCCCGGGGUUUGAGGGAAGAACUUGCUCUGAGAAUGUAAAUGAUUGUUGGUCGCAGCCUUGUCUAAAUGGAGGCUCGUGUAUGGAUCUGAUAAAUGACUACAUUUGUCAUUGUCCUCUUGGAUUCAAGGGGAAGGACUGCUCUGUGGAUAUUGACCUUUGCUCUUUCGGAAUGUGCAGUGAACAUACGAUAAUGUGCACUGAGACCAAGAAUGGACAGAAUGUAUCAUGUACAUGUUCAAGAGGGUUUGGAGGGUCAUUUUGCGAAGUAAAUCUCAAUGAGUGUGAGUCAAAGCCAUGCCAAAAUGGUGGUAUUUGUGUGGAUGGCAUUGACCUCUAUCAGUGUUUCUGCUCAGAGGGGUUUGGAGGGUUGAACUGUGAAAUCAACUAUGAUGAAUGUUUGCAUGGAUACUGUGCCAAUAAUUCCACAUGUAUUGACCUGGUAGCAGACUAUGAGUGCAUCUGUCCUUUGGGCUUUACUGGUAAGAAUUGCUCAACAGCUGUCUCUACAUGCACAUCAGAUGGUGAGUCCUGCAGAAACGGAGGAACCUGUUCCCAUAAUCCAGCCGGGGAAAUACAGUGUAUCUGCCCUCCAGGAUACCAUGGCAAUGACUGCUCCUCAUCUGCGAACCGAUGUGUGUCUAAUCCUUGCGACCCUGAAGGGACUCUCUUCUGUGAAGAGCUGGCAAACACUUAUAGAUGUGUGUGUCAACAUGGCUACACUGGGGUGCACUGCAAAACACCUAUAAACUACUGUGUUGACGGCCUGUGUCAACAAGGUUCAGUGUGUGUGGAUCUAUCGCCAGGGUUCAAGUGUGAUUGUUUACCAGGUUUAACUGGACAGUUUUGUGAGAUAAACAUUGACGAUUGCGAAAGAAAACCAUGUGGAAUCCUAAGCAUUUGUAAAGAUACUCUCAAUGGCUACCAGUGCUUUUGUGCGCCUGGAUUUAUUGGAAAUAACUGUGAGAUUGAAGUAAAUGAAUGUUUCAGCCAGCCUUGUCGUAACGGAGGCUCCUGCAUCGAUGAGCUCGACUCCUUCAGCUGCCAGUGUCCUCUUGGAAUAACAGGUACCUACUGUGAAGUGAACAUAGAUGAAUGCAUUUCCUCUCCCUGCCUCCACAAUGCCACAUGUGUGGACCUUGUGCACGGCUACAAGUGUGUUUGCAGACCAGGCUUUACAGGUGCCAAAUGUGAAUUUGACAUUGAUGAGUGUGCUUCAUCUCCCUGCAAGAACGGAGCCACUUGCAUUGACCAGCCUGGUAAUUACUUCUGCCAAUGUGUGGCUCCAUUUAAAGGCCAUAACUGUGAGUUCUUACCCUGUGAGGCCAGUAAUCCCUGCGAGAAUGGAGCAGUAUGUGUGGAGGAGUUGGAUCAGGACCAUUUCCCUUUGGGUUUCCGUUGUCACUGUCGCCGGGGCUUCACUGGCCCCCGCUGUGAAAUCAAUGUGGAUGAAUGCAGCUCCAGCCCCUGUUUUCACGGUUUUUGCUAUGAUGUUGUAGAUGGUUUUUACUGCCUUUGCAAUCCUGGAUAUGUUGGGGUGAGAUGUGAACAAGACGUUGAUGACUGCGUGAACAGUUUGUGCAGCACCAACUCAAUUUGUAAGGACCGCCAUCUGAGUUAUGAGUGUAUAUGCCACUCUGGCUGGGAAGGGGAAUUCUGCCAACAAGAAAUUGAUGAAUGUUUAUCACAGCCCUGCAAAAACAACGCCACCUGCACAGACCUUCUCAACAGCUAUAAGUGUUUGUGUGCACCAGGCUGGACAGGUGUGGACUGUGCACAGGAUGUGAAUGAGUGUGAUUCUGGGCCCUGUCUAAACGGAGCUCAGUGUCAAGAGUCAGACGUACCUGGGGAGUUCUCUUGCACCUGUCCCCCCUUCUUCAGUGGCCCCUUGUGCAGCCAGCCUUAUGACCCCUGUGAUCCCCUCCACAAUCCCUGCCUGCACAACUCCACCUGCCUGACACGCUCCAAUGGAACAGCCUCCUGCAGAUGCCCAGCUGGAUUUGAAGGAAGUUGGUGUGAAAUUGACACCAAUGAGUGUAGCUCAAAUCCAUGCCAAAACCAGGGUGACUGUGUGGACCGGGUCAACAGUUACAGCUGUGAUUGUAGGAUGGGAUUUUCUGGUCUUCACUGUGAGGAAGACAUCAAUGAGUGCGCCUCAAUCCCCUGCCAUAAUGGUGGCAUUUGUCAAAACCUUGUUAACAAGUUCCAGUGCGUUUGCCCUCCUGGUUAUUUUGGACCGCUGUGUGACCUGGAUGUGAAUGAGUGUGAAGUGUCACCUUGCCUACACGAGGGCAUCUGUAUCAACAAGCCCGGGGGCUUCAAGUGUGUCUGUCGCCCUGGAUACUCAGGAGAACGUUGUGAAGUUAACAUUGACGACUGCGUCUCAAACCCAUGCCAAAAUACCGGACGGUGUAUUGAUGGUCCUAAUCGAUACCGCUGCUCGUGUCCUGAUGGUUUCACUGGGCUCAACUGUGAGAUCAACAUUGACGAAUGCUUGUCGGCACCCUGUCUUCAUGGGAGUUGUAAAGAUGGACUGUAUUCAUAUUCGUGCCUUUGUGAUCCGGGAUGGACGGGCAGGAGAUGCGACACGAACAUCGACGACUGCGCUUUCAGUCCGUGUUUGAACGGAGGCUCCUGUGUGGAUCUCAUCGAUAAAUACGCAUGUUUUUGUCAGGACGGUUACACAGGGAAAACUUGUGAGAAUGACAUAGAAGUGUGCAAAGAGGCUUUAAAUGUCUCACUGUGUUUCAAUGGAGGCACCUGCGUUGACGGAACGGGAUCAAACUUCACAUGCAGCUGUCCACCAGGUUUCAUGGGGGAUUUCUGUGAAGUGGAUGUUAACGAAUGUUGCUCUGCUCCCUGCCACAACGGUGCCAUUUGCCAAGAUCUUAUUAAUAGCUACGUAUGCCACUGCAGGUCAGGUUGGACAGGCCUUCACUGUGAGGAUGACAUUAAUGAGUGCCUUCCACAGCCCUGCAACCAGGGGAUAUGCAUUCAGAAUGAUCCAGGCUAUGGCUACACCUGUUUCUGUCGUCCUGGAUUUGUGGGGAGGAACUGCGAGCACAACUAUGAUGAUUGCCUGUCGAAUCCAUGUCCAGAAGCAUUUUCCUGUGUAGAUGGCAUCAACAAGGUCAGCUGCCUUCCUCCUGUUACAGAUGCUGUUCCCUUGGCGACUGCAGUCAGGAAUAUCACUCGAGGCUCCACACCGAGAGUACUGACUCCAACACUCAUCUCAGCACCAACAGCUGAGCAAUCUGCAGAUGCAAGAAACAUUCAGUAUUUCGGGAAUUCAUACCUUGAGUUUGAGGGCAUCGACUUGAACGCUCUCAACAACAUUACUGUGAGAUUUCAAACCCGAAUAGCAAACGGAACUAUCCUUUAUGUGGAUCAGGGGCCAGCGAACGGCGAUUUCUUUUUCAUAAAACUCUUCAUUUUGGAUGGCAUCUUACAGUAUGCCUUCAGCUGUAACGAAGAAGAUGAGGUUACCAGGAUCGAUACAUCAAUUCAAGUUAAUGAUGACAAAGUGCACACUGUUAACAUCAGACAACACCUGACGCCUUGUGAAGUAGAGCUGACUCUCUCUGGUCAUGGCAAAUUAAGAAGCACUGCAAGUAAUUACUGGCUGGGACGCAUUAUACAAACAACAAAUCACAUAUUUAUAGGCGGUCUGCCACAACAAUAUCCACUCCAUCAGAGAGCUGAACCGUUGCACAACUACACUGGCUGCAUUGAAGUAAUACAGAUUAAUAAACUGAGGAAGUUUUACAGAUCUGAUGCCAUCGCCAGCAGCAACGUAGCUGAAUGCAGAAACACAACGUAUGCAGCAGACGCGUCAACAACAACAACUUCCCCGGGUUUGACAACUCAAUCAACCACUUCUGACACAGAAAACACAGCAACAAUGGCAGCUCCCACACAAAUACCAAAACAAGUCUGCCGUGAUGGUCUUUGCCGCAACGGGGGAACAUGUCAUCAGCUGCAGCUUCUUGGCGCAGCUCUGCCUUCCUGUCACUGCCCACUUCAUUUUACUGGAACUUUUUGUGAGAAAGACGCCACAGUAUAUAUCCCAGCGUUUGAUGGCACAUCUUAUUUGGAGCUGCCGCCUCUUGCAUCCAUUCUCCAGUCCUCUGGUGCUGGCAAUAAUCUACCUGCUGCUGUCAAGGACACUAGUGUUGUUUUCCAUUUGACAGUGAAAACAAGAUCUACGCAGGGCACCAUCCUUUUCACCCAGGCCCAGAACUUCGGGGACCAGUUUCUUCAUGUGUUUCUGCAAGAUGGAAGUCCUGUUGCUGAACUCGGUUGUGGUGGCAGUCACGUUUUGAGCAUCGCUGCAGGCCAGACCAUCAACAAUGACAGAUGGAUGCCAGUGACAAUUAGAUACAAUCUGCCUGUUGGCAAACAAGGAGGGUCAUGUAUGAUUGAAAUAGCUGUGGAAAAUGCUACUGCACAGCAUCAUGAAGAAUUUGUGUCGCAUGGCGUGUCAGAGGGAGCCUUUGGAGCCAUAUUUCUUGGAGAUCUUUCAUCCCACUGGGAGAUGCAUAAUGCGAGUGCAAAGGGAGCAAGGAGAUUCAUUGGAUGUAUCAGGGAACUUCAGGUCAACUCAAAGGAGAUUUACCUGGUGGGUGAAGCAGUGAGAGGGAGAAACAUCCAGAAUUGUGACCCACCGGUUUGUCAACACCUUCCCUGCCGCAACGGAGGAACAUGUGUCAGCGAUGCCGACGACUGGUUCUGUGAAUGCCCCCCGCUCUACACAGGCCGGCUGUGCCAGUUCACCGCCUGUGCACGUAACCCCUGCGGUCACGGAGCCACGUGCAUCCCAAAGUCGCCGUUGGAGGCCGUUUGUCUUUGCCCCUAUGGACGACAAGGUCUACUGUGUGAUGAACCUAUCAAUAUAACUCGUGCCAGGUUCAGUGGAAGUGAUGAGUUUGGUUACACCUCCUUUGUGGCUUAUUCUUCCAUCCCAAGCCUCAGUUUCUUCUAUGAGUUCAAGCUGAAGUUCACGCUCACCAAUAAUUCAUCUGCUGUGAAAGACAACCUGAUCCUGUUUGCUGGACAUAAAGGACAAGGGGAUGAUGGUGAUGAUUUCCUAGUUCUGGGAAUACGAAAUGGAAGAGUCCUGCAUAGAUUCAACCUCGGAUCAGGUGUAGGAACCUUAAUCAGUGAUCGAAUGAACCAGCAGAUCAGCAUCCACAUGGUUACAUUCGGCAGGUCAAAGAAGACGGGGUGGCUGAAGGUUGAUGGACAACGCAACAGGACGGGAUCAUCUCCAGGACCCCUAGUGGGCCUCAAUGUGUUCAAUCAGCUCUUUGUAGGUGGAUAUAAUGAGUACACCCCUGAACUACUGCCACUUGGCGCCAAGUUCCGGCAUGGCUUUCAAGGGUGUAUUUUUGAUGUGCAGUUUCGUACAAGAAGAGACGGAAAGUUCCAAGUGCUGGGACACCCUGCGGGACAUCCAGCCUUUGGGCGAAGUGUCGGCCAGUGCGGAGUCACUCCCUGCAUUCAUGUUCACUGCAAGAACGGAGGGACGUGUGUGGACUCUGGUUCAUCUGUGUAUUGCCAGUGCCCAUUUGGAUGGAAGGGAGCGCUCUGUUCUGAGACCGUGUCUGUGUGUGAUGUCGAACACACUCCCCCUCCCCUCUGCGCCCACGGCUCCACCUGCAUCCCUCUACCAAAUGGAUAUACCUGCCACUGCCCCCUGGGGACGGCGGGACUCUACUGCGAGAGAGCUGUGACCAUCAGUGAUCCAUUCUUCAGCGGGAAUCAGUCCUCGUGGAUGUCGUUUCCCCCCGUAAACAUUCGACACAGGACUGUUUUACAGCUGCAGUUCCAGCCUCUUGCACCUGAUGGCAUCCUCAUUUACACGGCCCAGCAUCUGAGCGCCAGAGCUGGAGACUUCUUGUGUCUCUCCUUGACAUCGGGUUUUGUCCAGCUGAGAUACAAUCUGGGAGAUGGCACCCACAUCCUGCAGUCUGUUGAGCGGGUGGACUGGAGCGGCAGGACCUGGCACACGGUGAAGGCAGGAAGAAUGGGUCACAGAGGCUUCCUCAGUCUGGAUGACAAUGACAUCAGAGACAACGUGACCGAAGGGAUGACCACCCUUAACGUGGCUUCGGACAUCUUCAUCGGGGGUGUGUCCACUCUCAGCUCAGUGUCCACAGAUGCAACCGAAGGCGAGCUGGUGGGCUUCACCGGUGGGAUAAGAGAACUUGUCAUCAAUGGCCAAGAGUUUGACUUAACAGAGAAAGGAGCAGUGAGUGGAGCCAAUGUAGGGGACUGGGAUGGAACCGCCUGUGGGUAUAAGGUGUGCCAAAACCAAGGCCGCUGCAGGGCAACGGGCACCGCCUCAUUCAUAUGUUUAUGCCCUCCAUCAUGGACUGGCCCUGUAUGUAACCAGUCUGUUAGCUGUGUAAACAACAGUUGCAAACAUGGCUCCUUGUGUGCGCCAAAUAAUGCGACCUCAUAUCGCUGCGUCUGCCCUUUAGGAUGGGGAGGGAUGGACUGUGGCCGGGAAAUAUCCACACACACUCUCAAAUUUGUGGGACGAUCAUAUGUUAAACACUCGGACUCGAGAUUCAACACAAGAAAUUUAAAAUACACUCAUGUUUCUUUUAGUUUCCUUCCCAGCACCGGCGAUAGUCUGAUCAUGUGGAUGGGAAAGGCAGAACACGAAGACGACGACUACCUCGCGGUUGGACUCGACAACGGCCACCUCAAGAUCGCAGUCAACCUCGGAGAAAGACUUUCCCUGCCGUUAAGUUUCACAAACCUCACACUGUGCUGCAACAAAUGGCACAAUGUUUCCAUAUCUUUAAACAGCACUGUUAUUCAAGUUUUCUUAAACAGUAGAAGAAUCUUUUUUGAAGAUGUUGACCCAUUUGAGCGCUACGUAGCUUUAGACUACGGGGGUCAGCUUUAUUUCGGGGGAUUUGAAUUACACAGAAAUAUAUCAGUAGUGACAUCCGGGUUAUUUUCAAAGGGAUUUGUGGGGAGUCUGCGAAAUGUUUAUCUGUUUGAAGAUAUCAAGCCAGUGCUGUUUUUGAAAAACAGUGAGGGUUUUAAUGUUUCUGAAGGCAUCUGACAGUAGCAGGAUUUUAACUCUUAGCAUCUACAGUAG